CCAGAGCUGCAUCCUUGGACUCCAGGACCCGCUGGCAGUGGGCCGCCACGGCCUGCAUUGCCGCGUGCAGCUCCUGCGGCUGUGAGAUGCCCUGCAUUGGCCAGCGGGCAUGCGUCAUAUGAGCGUGCGCUGGCGGCGCUCAGCUCCCUCAUCUCGGGCCGUCAGCGCAAAGACACCGGCAUGUGGGCACACGCCUUUGAGAUGAUGCAAUCAUACCUGGAGGCAAGUGGCCCAGCCAUCCGCCAUGCCCGGCUUAGCCUUGAAGAGCCUUUGGGCGAGCUGAGCGUGAUCCACGUGGCGGGCACAAAGGGCAAGGGCUCCACCUGCGCUAUGAUUGAGCGUAUGCUGCGAGAGGCCGGCUACCGCACCGGGCUCUUCACCUCCCCUCAUCUCAUUGACGUGCGCGAGCGCAUCCGUAUCAAUGGCGAGCCCUUGGACCGCGCCACCUUCUUGCGCAACCUGUGGUGGAUUUUUGACAAGCUGGAGGAGAAGGCUAGUGACGACUCUGGCAAGCCCGCCUACUUUCGCUUCCUCACGCUGCUCUGCUUCAAGGUGUUUCUGGAGCAGAAGGUGGACGUGGUGAUCCUGGAGGUGGGGCUGGGCGGGCGUCUGGACGCCACCAACUGCGUGCGGCAUCCUGUGGUGUGCGGCGUGAGCAGCCUGGGCUUUGAUCACAUGGAGCUCCUGGGCUACACACUCCCGGAAAUUGCGAGAGAAAAGGCGGGCAUCUUCAAGCCCGGGGUGCCAGCAUUUACAGUGCCGCAGCGCGAGGAUGCGGCGGAGGCGCUGCGUGAACGUGCGGCGGCGGUGGGGACGCCGCUGGCGCAGGUUCGCGCCUGGGAGGACUAUGCCGGAGCAGCAGAUGUGGUUCUGGGCCUGGCAGGCGAGCAUCAAAAGCUCAAUGCGGCGCUGGCAGCGGGCCACCUGCCGCCAGAGUACGUGGCAGGGCUGCAGGCGGCCAACUGGCCAGGGCGAGGGCACAUUGUGCACGAUGUGCAGGGACCAGGGCAGCGGCUUCCACGGCUGUCCUUCUUCCUGGAUGGAGCCCACACGGCAGAGAGCAUGGCCACCUGCGCCCACUGGUUUGCAGAUGCCAGCCAGCCGCCAGCGGCAGGCACAUCAGCAGCAGGAGUGGGUGCAGCGGGCCGGCCUGACACACAGCUGCAGCAGGGGCUGGUCACGCAGCGGAUCCUGCUGUUCAACUGCAUGCAGGAGCGCGACCCUCAGAACCUGCUUCAGCCCCUGGCGCAAGCGCUGACAGAGCGCCAGGUCAGCAUCCACCAUGCCCUCUUUGUGCCCCCCGAUUCUACCUACAUGAAGCUUGGCUCCAGCGCAGAGCCAGCCAACCUGACCUGGCAACACUCACUGCGCUCAGUGUGGGAGUCCAUGACCACCACAGCUGCAGGCAGCAGCGGCACCAUUGUACCCUUCCGCACCGCCGUGCUCCCCAGCCUGAGCGUCACCCUGGACUGGCUGCGGCGGUGUGUGCGCGAGAUACCCAACCUGCGAAUGCAGGUGCUGGUCACGGGCUCGCUCUACCUGGUUGGGGACCUCCUGAAAGCCCUGCAACAG